GCGUCGGGAGUCGCCUUGCGGAGCGUGAGGGUGCCGCUAUGGCUUCCAGCGGGGUCGGCGUGAGCGCUGCCGGCGCGCCAAAUGAAGCACCCGAAAUUCCAGACAACGUGGGAGAUUGGCUCCGGGGCGUCUACCGUUUCGCCACCGACAGGAACGACUUCCGGAGGAACUUGAUCCUCAAUUUGGGACUUUUUGCUGCGGGAGUUUGGCUGGCUAGGAAUUUGAGUGACAUUGACCUAAUGGCACCUCAGCCGGGGGUGUAGCCAAAUAGACACAUGGAACCCCCUGUGCUGUACUUGAACCUUCCAAAACUAGAGCCUCCAAUUUAUGACCGUCACAAGACUUAGCCCUCUUGGAAGUUGAAGCUUCAAUCAGACCACCUUCCCUUCCCAAUUGCUUCGUCUCCUUGAGCCCACUCAGAACUCCAUUCUCUGGUCAGCAGUCAGGUUUCAGCCAAAGUGUUGUCCUCUGUUCUGUAAAGUUCUGUACAUAGUUCCUAAGUUUCUGCAGGGGGUGAUCUUUGCUCUUGUCCUGAGGAAUAACCUAAUGAUAUUUUAAGAAAUAUUUGGAAUAAAGACGUAUACAAAGAC